AUGGGAAUUUCGCCUUGGACAAGAGUUUUAAUUUCAACUGGUGAGACACUUGAAGAACUGCUUGGUCGUGGUCCGAGUAAUGCGGAAAAAUGGAGAAGAGCUGAUUUUGUGAUAAGAUACUCAUUAUUAGCUAGUAUGAUACAAAUAAUCAGGAGAGUUGGAAGAAUGUUGCCUGGAUGGGCUUUUUUACUUACCUUAAAACUAGAAGAAACUAAACUAUCAAAAGAUGUUAUCUACCAUUUAAUUAAUGGAAUAAUAGCACCUGCUAGAUUACCAAUUGAAGUUGUCAUCAUUGGAACAACCAAAGAUGCGAGCGGAAAAUAUCCUAUUUUUAACAUGAAAUCUGAUCCAAAAAAAGAUGCUGGAUUGAUAAGAGAAGAAGAUUUAGUAUAUUGGCAUGAAAAUGAAUCACCUCAACCUCCAACAAUUAACAAAGAAAAUCAAAAAAAUAUUCAAUUGAUCAUGCUGAAAAAUCGAUUAAGUUCAUUGGAUCUGGCGAAACAGAAAAAGGAUUUCUCUUCUUCAAAAAGAAACGAUAAAGGAGAAUUAAUUCAUAAAGAAAUACCUCCUGAUAAAGUUGAAUUGAUAAAAAAUGAUGUUUGGAGCGUGAUUAAAAAGGUUUGGCAAAAAAAAAUAAAUGAAGAAAAAAUUAAAUUUAAAAAAUCUGAUCAGAAUCUAUUCAAAGAAUACGUUGGUUGGUACAAAUUUGUAAAUAAUUUGACAAUCAAUGCUGAAAGAAAAAAAAAUAGUAAAGGCAAAUUAAAAGAAGAAUGUGUUAUUGAAAUUAACUACAAAGACAAAGAUUUAAAACAGAUAAGAAAAGAAGAUAUUAUAAAUUAUUCAUUAAUCAAAUCAAUACCAGAAACUGAAUAUGAAAUUUGUGAUAGAUGUAAUUCUUUUACUUUGGAAUUAUUUGAAAUAUUAUGUCUCAGACACGAUCCUUUAUACAUAUGUAAAUACUGUUUAAAUAUUUAUCCACAUAUAAAAUACACCGAAGGAAUCAGUGUCGAUAACAAUGGAAACACAUUUGCAAUAUAUGAUUGUUCACGUGUAGAAAUUACCAAAAAAAAAUAUGACAUCCCUCAGAAUAAUUACCUAGUUCAGAAUUUAAAUUUUAUGGCACAGUUGAUCAAACAGGGAUUAGAUAUGGAAUUAAAUUUGAUCAUACCGAAAAAGGAAAUAGAUACAGAAUUUUACGAAACCUUAAAAACAAGAAUUGCUAACGAAAUGGACAUUGAUAAAUUAAAUAAUGAAUAUAGCAAAGAAAUUGAAGAAAAAAAACCUAAUCUUGAAGAAUAUAUUAAAAAUGUUCAAGAUUUAGAAGAUGAUGAAGAAGCAAAAUUCAAUAAAGAAAUUUCUGAAUGUGAUGUCUUUACAAAAGAAUUAAAGCAAAAAUAUAAGAAAAUGAGAGAAGAUCGUUAUUUUUUAAUAUUAAAAUAUAAAAGUAUUUUGGAUCAAAUGAAAAUCGAUAAUAACCUUGAACAUUUUAAAGAUAACGAAAAAUACGAUCGUGUUAACCAAAAAAUCAAUGAUAAAAUUUUAGAAUCUGAGCUACAAACUAAAAGGAAAUUGAAAUUGAAAGGUGAACCUAUCCAAUAUCACACUUCAAACAAUGAAGAUGCUAUUCAAACCUUUAUUGAUUUAAAGAAUCAAAUAUCACAUAAAAACAAUCAUGAAAAAAUAUUUAAUAAUUAUUACUCGGAUAAAAUUCAAAAAUCUCUUAAUUUAUCAGAAUAUCAAGAAAAUAAAUUAUAUACUUAUUUAGAUCAAAAGAUUGAAGAAUAUAAUUUUUACAAUGUGAAUUCUUUUGAUUAUCUAGAAAAACAAAUCAAAAUUCAAUAUAACAAAUGUCUCUAUAGAAACAUUGAAAAUGAUUUAAACCACUAUUCAGAAAAUAUUGAAUAUUUUGAAAAUAAUAACAAAUAUGAAAUGAAAAUACAUUUGUUAGAUAAAGAACUAGUAAAUGAAAAUCAAAUCAAAUCAUUGAAUGAUAAGAGAAUCGGCAAUCUUAAACAAUUUAAUACUCUUUCAAAUAAAAUAAUAGAUAUGAAUCAUCAUAAAAAACGAACAAUAAAAUUAUUCAUGAAUAUAAAAGAAAAAAUAUUUUUAGAAACAGAUAUUAACAAAUUGGAAAAUCACAUAAAACAAGAUAUCGUAUGGUCUGAUUACCAAAAAGGUAAAUUAUCAGAAUACACCAAACACACUUUAAGAAAUCUGGAUCUUUAUAAUAAAUUGAAAAACCAAAUAAUUAACUGUGAAGAUAUUGAUGAAAUAGAACAUAAUAUCAUGCGAAAAUUCAAAAAAAUAUCUUACACGAUGAAUUUGAAAUUAAAAAUCGAUUUAUUUCAACAUAUCGAAAAUAAAUUAUUAAAUUUACAUAAAAAUCUUGAUAUCAUAAAUAAAAAUAAUAUAGAAGAUAUAAUAAAAAAUGAAACAGGAUAUUUAUUAUUAAACACACGUAAUGUUUAUGAUGAAAAAAUAAAUUCAUUGAUUGAUGAUCCUAUCUCUCAUACAGAAUAUCAAAAAUUUUGA